AUGGCCGCCGGUACGAUUGCGACGCUGUGCAUGAAUCCGCUCGAUCUGAUCAAGACGCGGUUCCAGGUGAACACGACGGCCUUUUCGCCACAUCCCGCCGAGCGCUCGCUGCUGUACCAGCGGCUGCAUGCGCGCCCGUGGCUCUUUUACAGCCUCGGCGGCAAGACGGGCGUGGAUAUCAUCGAUGCGCUGCGUGGCAUCGUCGCGCGCGACGGCGUCCAAGGGCUGUACCGCGGCGUGAUGCCCAACAUUGUCGGCAACGCCUCGUCGUGGGGCCUCUACUUUUUGUGGUACACCAUGAUCAAGGAGUACAUGGCGCGCGGCUCGCGCGACGACCAGCCCGUUCGCCUUACUGCGACCGAGCACCUGCUUGCGGCGACCGAGAGCGGCGUGAUCACCGCGUUUAUGACGAACCCCAUUUGGGUGAUCAAGACGCGCAUGUUUACCACCUCGGCCCAGUCUAUGGCCCACGGGCCGAGUGCCGCAGGGACACGCAGCGCGGCGAGUGCGCCGGACCUCGCCGGGACGCCCGGCAUGGUCGGCCGCCCCGGCGCGAGGCCAGUGGUGUACAAAGGCCUCUGGGACGGGCUCGUGUCGACGCUGCGGACCGAAGGCAUUGCCGGCCUGUACAAGGGUGUCGGCCUCGCGGUGCUCGGCGUGUCGAACGGCGCGAUCCAGUUUAUGGCGUACGAGCAGCUGAAGCAGUGGCGCUGCAGCGCCGUCCUGCGCCGAGAAGGGCGCACGCCACCCUUUGCCGAGACGCAGCUCGACAAUGUGCGCCUGAGCAACACCGAAUACACGACCAUUUCCGGCGCCGCGAAGCUCGUCGCAAUCGCAGUUACAUACCCCUACCAGGUGGUCCGCUCGCGCGUGCAAAACCACGCGACAAUACACCUCUACCCCAAUGCCUGGGCGUGCGUCGCGCGGACGUACAAAGAAGAGGGCCUGCGUGCAUUCUACCGCGGCUUUGCGACGAACGCGGUGCGUAUUCUGCCUGGGACAUGCGUGACGUUUGUCGCGUACGAGAACGUCUCGUGGGCGCUGCGCAGUGCCGCGCGCCUGCGCGACGAGCGCGACGUGCAUAGGUCAUAG